GUGGGUUUUGAGAUUUCCUCAAACCAGCACGCCGCACGCCCACGCUCAGGUCAGGGGAUCGCUCGUUCCCAAUCCCCAUUUGGCCAUUUCCCACUAGUUCUAUUUUUAAUUUUCUAUUGUUGCUCCUUUCUGAUUCUGGCCUUCAAAACAAUGACCACCGGAAACGAAGCCAGCGUCGGAAUUACUAAGGCCGGCGCUUCUGCGCUUCUCUCAUCGCACAGCGCCAGAGAUUUAUUCGAUUCCGUCGACGCUUUUCUCUUCGACUGCGAUGGUGUUAUUUGGAAGGGCGAUAAGCUGAUCGACGGUGUCGCGCAGACUCUAGAGAUGCUCCGAUCUAAGGGGAAGAGGCUGGUGUUCGUUACCAACAAUUCGACGAAAUCGAGGAGGCAAUAUGCAAAAAAGUUCUGCUCCUUGGGGAUUGUUGUUAGCGAGGAUGAAAUUUUCUCCUCAUCAUUUGCAGCUGCAAUGUACUUGAAGGCCAUUGAUUUUCCUCCAGAGAAGAAGGUUUAUGUAAUAGGUCAGGAAGGCAUAUUGGAAGAGCUCCAACUUGCUGGAUUUACUGGUCUAGGUGGUCCAUUGUGCCUAUCACUAGAGCGAGAUCCAAGAAGAUCAAAGAAGCACUUCAUGGGCUUAUUCAAGAUAUUUGGGCUUAUUCAAAAACGGAGCACUACAAGUUUGGCCUUAAGAAAGAUGAAGGGAGAUGGGGAAAAAACUGUGGAGCUAAAGCCAAAUUGCCUUUUCGAACAUGAUAAGAGUGUUGGAGCAGUCAUUGUUGGAUUAGACAAGUACAUUAAUUAUUACAAAAUUCAGUAUGGAACCCUCUGCAUACGUGAAAACCCAGGAUGCUUAUUCAUUGCUACUAAUCGAGAUGCCAUUGGACAUAUGACUGACUUACAGGAGUGGCCUGGUGCAGGAUGCAUGGUUGCAGCCAUAUGUGGGUCGACCCAAAAGGAGCCUAUUGUGGUUGGAAAACCAUCAACCUUCAUGAUGGACUUUUUGCUACAGAAAUUCCAUAUCAGCACAUCUAGAAUGUGCAUGGUGGGUGAUAGAUUAGACACUGAUAUUUUAUUUGGACAGAAUGCCGGCUGCAAAACUCUACUUGUUCUUUCAGGCGUAACAACAGAAUGCACCCUAAAAGAUCCUCUAAACAGCAUCCAACCAGAUUAUUAUGCUGGAAAGGUCUCUGACAUUUUUGAAUUAUUGGGACCAUAAAAGUUGAUGGUCGCUCAAUUAUACUCUUUUGGACUUUAGAAGUUAAUUUAUUUAUUGGGACCAUAAAAGUUGAUGGUCGCUCAAUUAUACUCUUUUGGACUUCAAAAGUUAAUUUUGUGCAAUAGGCUCUUUUGUGGGUUGUAGAGAAGUGGCGUUGCAUCUAAUCCAUCCGAUUCAGUUCAAUUUUGUAUACCAAACGGGUAUAGCUAUUGUGCUUUCCUUGAAUUGAAAACAAGAUGCACUUCUGUCCAGAAAUGCCUUAAACAAUUUCUUUUUGUAGUUUUGUAUAAUAUUACAUGCACUCUUGUCUGCA